AUGACCAAGGGGCAACGGGGCAAGAAGAAACGGUCACUCAACGCGGAGGGACUUAUUGCGCAGGGGACAUCUGCUAAAGGCGAUGUCAGCCACGAGGCCCCCCGAGCAAAAAACGUACCAAUUGACACUGCCGAUGGAAUAUAUGACUUACAGAGAGAGCUGAGGUCCUUGAAGCGCGCCGAGCGCGACGCAUUCGAGCAGGCACGCGAGGAAGACAUUGCAAACCCAACCAUUACCCGGCCUCGUGCGGCCAAAACCAAGGCGUACGAUGUCAGAAUUUGGAAGCCGAAAGCCCGCGAGCCUAAACCCGACGUGCCUGAGCCCAGUGGAGAGCCAGCGAGCGGCUCGGACACUGUGACAAAGCAAGUCAAACCUUCGCGAAUGGGAACGGGUCAAGGGCAACCAUCGGUUGUGACCGAGGAGAUGUCCAAGUCGUCCCUGCCGACGCAGACGUCUCGUGCGCAGGCCUCCGCCCGAUCUAAAACCGUGACGGUCGACCCAGAGAUAAGUGAUGGCGAACUUGAGUAUGUGACCAUGGACAAUCCUCAGCGCAUGGACGAUGUAGAGAAGAUAAGUCCACGCACCGACUCGGACUUAGAUCAACAGCACCGUGAGAGAGUAGCCGCCGGCAAUCGACGACCCAGCAUCGAUGACGGUGAAGGCUCUGAGGCUGAGUCCAAUGGUCGCGGGUCGGACGCUGAAGAGUACGAAUCAGGUGCGGACCUUGAGAGUGAAGAGGACUUUGGUGUCCAAGGUGGGUACGCACCAUCGAGCCGCAAGACGGAUAAGGUGGCGGCACAAUUGAAGCAAGGCUCAGUCAAGGUCGUCUCUAACGGGCGCAAUAGUCGUCGUGUACUCCAAUCCGACUCAGAGACUGGAGGGUCCGAUUAUGCUCCCGACUUCCUAGAGCCCGAUUACGAGUCACCUUCCGACCAUGAGUCCGCCGGUGCGCGCGACUCAGGAGACGAAGCUCAAGUAGCGCAAGAAGGUCCUGCGAAAUACCGAAAUCUGGACGGAUCAGUUGAUCACGAGUGGAAGGAAAUGAUCAUCCACCGUGGGCAGCGCCCUAAGCUGCCGGCUAUUCGCCACUACGUACAACAAGCCGACGAGAACGUCACGCCCAGCAGCGAGGAGUAUCGCCGUAACGCUUCAUUGCCGCAGCCUCCGAGUAAGCCGGCCUUGGUUUCUUCCAAGAAGCAUAGUGCCACCUCGCAGCAUCCAGAUCUCGCCAGACAAACCAUCAAUGAUGAGGUUGCUACCACGAAGACGAAGCGGCAGGGCAGCUUCCGCCAGAAUGACACGCAGGCACCGGGCGGGCUCAUCAGCAGUGAAGAGGAUUCAGCACCGCCCGCCUAUCGCCGCGGCCGCCCGGGAGCGAAUAAGCCACGACGCGCUUCAGGGAAACAGCCGACCGCAGUGGUGUCUUCCAAUCGAUCCAUCCCCGCGAGCGCCCUGGCUCACACUGCAGCGCCAGGCGCACGGAACGAACGCCAGGCAUCUCGCGAAGGUGCUCACUCAGGCUCCGAGUCCGACGACGGCGAUGAUGCAGCCGCAGAUCAUCCUCAACUGUUGCUCGCUAGUGACGAGAAUGUCUGGCCGGAGGACACGGAUGUGACGUUUGUUGAGAAUGGCAAGAAGGUGGCUGGUCUGAACUCGCAGACAUCGCUCAAGGUACGCACGCUGUUGAAGUCGACGAUCGCCCAAGAGCUUCCGCAAGCUCUCGCGCUUGUCAACGCCUUCCCGAACGUUGGCGAGCGGCCCAAAAUGUUCCUCGACAUUUUCAUCGCUAGUACACGCCGCCUCGGCUCAAACUACACGACGAUCGCCCAGCGCCUCUUGCAAGAUUCCGCGUAUGUCAUUGGUUUACUGUAUUUGCCCACAAAGAGGAUGUGUUCCAUCCGUGGCCCCUGGUAUGGUGCCUGCCGUGACGCUGUAUGGGAGGGAUAUGGCCUCAAGGCUGUUGAGGACGACCCGGAGGCCCUGCAGAAGGCUGUAGAAGCACUGCUGCUCAACCAUCAGUUCAUAUGCCCCGGUAAACUUGUGAAUGGCAAGUAUACCGAAUUCAAGCGAGACUUACCUUUCUGCGCGGAGCCAAUCAUCAACCUCACGAACAUCCUGUUCCUCGGGCCGAAAGCAGUGUGCCCAAUCAAAGACUCGGUGUUCACCUCCUCCAUCAAGACGGGACCUGAGUCGGAGAAACGAGAGAUCCCACAGGCGAUGGCUGCGCUCCUUGCAACAUUCGCUGGCGCGGCGAUUGGAGAGGGCCUGCAUGGCACCCGCGAGCCCCUCCAGGACCGUGAGAACGAAGGCUUCAAUUCGAUCAAACAGGAGACACCUUACCGGGACCACCUCGCAACCCUCUCGACGCUCCAUCCAAUGGGUCGUCACAAGAUCCUAGGCUACAUCUUCAAAGAAGCGAAGACUGCUCAUAUGAAGAGGGGUGCUGCGCAGACUCGUACGACCACUGCCAGUGCCUUUGUGGACCCCAUGACUGCUGGCAUGGACAUUGACCUGUAG